AUGGAUCCCUUCUCAGCUCCUUCGACGAACAUGCCGACUCUCUUAUCAGGCUUCAGUCGAGAUGAGGAAGCGAAUAUAACAGUCCACUGUCAUGACCGCACAUUCAAGAGUGUAGACGUCCUCGACGAUGCUACCGGACAGACUCUUUUCAGAGUCGAAAGUAAAGGCGCAACAUCUUUUAGCUGGCGAAGAGCAAUCUCUGACGGCACUGGUCGCAAGCUCUUCGAACUUCGUCAUAUGGGCUACGCAAUGAAGAACGACUGGGCUGUAGAGAAUGUUGAAGGCAAACGAAUCUGCUCACUGAAGCAUGUCAGUGGCAGUGCGGCACGGAAUCGGUCCAAUCUAGAUGCUGUGAUACAUAGCGAGUCUGCUGCUGACGACAUUGGCAACACGAUUGAGAUUCGCCCAAGAGACCGCGGAGCGCUUUCCACUGUGGUGCAGUACCAGGGUAUGAAGCUGGCAGACAUCCGGAACACAGAGGCCAACGAUGUUGGCUCGCUUGAGAAAAAAGGUCUUGAUCGCACGGUCUGGAAGGCACAUAUCAACAAGGGAGUGGAUGUCAGUCUCAUAUUGGUCGCCGUCUUGUGCCUUGCCGAGAUGGAGCACGUUUGGAGGCAAUGA